CAGGAGCGGCAGGAGGAGCAGAAUCGGUCGCGGAGAGAAUAAUGCGAGUGGGCUCGGAUCCUCCAUCCUCCCAAUAACCCCCUCCCCCCCACGGGGGGACCCCAAUCUCUGAGCCACCGGAUCUCUUCUUCUGCCCCCACCCCCCCGGGGAAUGUCCCCUCCCUGAUCCCCUCACUCCCGGGGGGUCCCAUGCUGCUUUGGGGGUGACGCAUCGGAUCCAGUCGAGCCCCUGAGUGAGGAUUGGGGGGCCCCGGAGUUCCCCCGGCCCCCUCCCCGCCGCCCGCUAGCUUUGGAUCGGAGGGAGGGGAGGGCCGCGGCCUACUUGUUUGUUUGGCCUCCGCCUCCCGCGCUCUUUCCUGAGCGGCCCGCCCGCAGCCCACACGGACCAUGGGGUGUCUUGGCAACAGCAAGACCGAGGAUCAGCGCAACGAGGAGAAGGCGCAGCGGGAGGCCAACAAGAAGAUCGAGAAGCAGCUGCAGAAGGACAAGCAGGUGUAUAGGGCCACGCACAGGCUUCUGCUCCUCGGUGCUGGAGAGUCUGGUAAAAGCACAAUUGUGAAGCAGAUGCGGAUCCUGCACGUGAAUGGAUUCAAUGCAGAGGAGAAGAAAAUCAAAGUGCAAGAUAUUAAGAAUAAUAUUAAGGAAGCUAUAGAGACAAUAGUAACGGCAAUGUGCAACCUCUCUCCCCCGGUGGAGCUAGCGAAUCCAGAAAACCAGUUCCGAAUUGACUACAUCCUGAAUCUACCCAAUCAUAAAGACUUCGACUUCUCACCAGAGUUCUAUGAUCACACGAAAACGCUCUGGCACGACGAUGGCGUGAGAGCAUGCUACGAGAGAUCCAACGAGUACCAGCUGAUCGACUGCGCACAGUAUUUUCUAGACAAAAUUGACAUUGUGAAACAGAAUGACUACACGCCUACUGAUCAGGACUUGCUGCGAUGCAGAGUUCUCACAUCAGGGAUAUUCGAAACCAAGUUUCAGGUGGACAAAGUCAAUUUCCACAUGUUCGAUGUUGGAGGCCAGCGAGAUGAGCGCAGGAAGUGGAUCCAGUGCUUUAACGAUGUCACAGCUAUAAUCUUCGUUGUAGCCAGCAGCAGCUACAACAUGGUGAUCCGAGAGGACAAUCACACCAACAGACUCCAGGAAGCAUUAAACCUCUUCAAGAGUAUCUGGAACAAUAGGUGGCUACGGACCAUUUCAGUCAUUCUCUUCCUCAAUAAACAAGAUCUGCUCGCUGAUAAGGUUUUAGCUGGGAAAUCUAAAAUAGAGGACUACUUCCCUGAGUUUGCCCGCUACACCACCCCAGAUGAUGCAACUCCAGAAUUCAAUGAGGAUCCUCGAGUCACAAGGGCCAAGUAUUUUAUUAGAGAUGAGUUUCUUAGAAUCAGCACAGCGAGUGGGGACGGCCGCCAUUAUUGCUACCCACAUUUCACAUGUGCAGUGGACACAGAAAACAUCCGAAGGGUUUUUAAUGAUUGUCGGGACAUUAUCCAAAGGAUGCACCUGCGCCAAUAUGAGCUGUUGUGAUGGAGAGCACUUUUUUGGGUUUUUUUCCCCCUUCCCCUCCCUCCUUGUGUUCCGGACUACAAAUUCCUCAUUUAAAGAAAAAAACCUAAAUAAAAAGAAAAAAAAUUCACAAAACAAGAAAAAUCCAUCAAAAAAAGUAUCUAAAAAAAUGGAAAAUAUAUAUUAUAUAUAUUCGGGAGAAACCGUCACCCAUCUUUGGGGAUUUGGGGGGGGGGGGGAACUGGGUGCAGCCUCACACGCUCUUUCUCUCUCUCCAGUUAGCGGCCCUUGCUUCUCUCUCUAUCUCCUUGCUGCCGGACAAUACCCAAACUGUCAGCUUGCUUCCCCUCACCCACCACCCUUCAAAUAAAUCAAAUAUGCGUGGGCUAGCACCAAUUCCAGCCAUGAGUUUCCCUUUAAAACGCCAGCCGGAAUGACACAAGUGACCUGAAGGAUUGUUGGUGCCCUGCUGUGCCAGGAAGAGGGUGUUGUGUGCAUCAAGGGGGCUAGGAGGCAAGUCUGAUUUCUUACUGUUCCUUUCUACCCCUCUCACGUUACUGGUAACAGCGUGGGCUAAAUUCAAUCCCUUCCCCCAUUUUACCCAUUUCAUAUCCAAUCACCGAAGGUAUCGGAACCAUCGCUGAGCAAGCGACUCGGGAGCUCCGACACUAAACUCUGACUGUAGGGUGUGUCAUGGUAUUUACAGAACGAUGGGAGGAGCCACGGCAGUAUGGAGGCUGCCUGUCACAAGGGUGCCAUUUUUUUUUUGUCUUUUUUAACAAUAAAUACUUGGAUAUGAAUUCCAGCAUAUCAACGUAUUUAUUUCUAUAGGUCUCGGACGUUUGCCUUUAAUCUUUUUUUUUUUUUAAAUUCUUAUUGGUCCUUAAGACGCCGACCUCGUGUGAUUUCUUUCAAUCAUGUGCAUAAUAAUGUUAUUAUACCUCUCGCCUCACAGAUCUGAUCACUCCUCUUUCUUAUAACAACCUUCACUUUUUGGCUUUUUUUUUUGUUUUUUCUUUUGUCGUCCCCCCCUCCCCAUUUUGUUUUUAUUUUACUGCUGGGUUAUUAUUCUUGUACAGACUGUAAAAUGUAUUAUUUUGUACAACUUUAUUGAAAAAAACUUGUAGAAGAUCUUUGUGCCUUGAUUUCGGCUUUGCCCUGUACAAUGAGCUAAGAUGUAAGUAUGUCUAAUUUCUCUGUACAGCAUUGUCAUUCUGCCUCCUGCGUUCGCUCAACCGUGGGGCAAAUUUAAUCUGUAGUUAAUAGGGAUUUUUUUUUUUUUUUUUCUGGUUUACAAAAGGAAGAAGCUGUUUAGUAAAAAAAGAAAAAUUCAAAAAUGUACAAAUGUUGCAACCUUAACCACUUUUAAAGUGAGGUAUUCAUGAAGUGACCCAAUGUGGCUUCAUCGUGCUUUUUAAUUUUUAGCUUUAACUCAUUUAAAUAUCUAUCCAAAUGCAAAAACAUGGCUUGUUUCUACAUAAACCAAAUUUUGCUACAAA